UUUCAGUUUCUCUCUGUGGUGUCGAAAAGUCCUGGUUUUAAUUUGACGACGUCUGCAGAAACCUGAACCCGUUUAUCAAUAAAGUUUAAAAAAAAAAAAAAAACAACAAACAGUGACGUCUGUGACACGCGACACAGCCCUUAGAGGAACCACGCGUGUUGUCAGGACCAGGACCCGGGGCCGCUGAAGUCCAGGUUUAAAUCCACUUCUCGGUCCGUUUAAAUCCGUAGCGAUGGGGGACCGGAGUCGGCUGUGCUCCGUGUGGCUGGGCUCGGAGACCGGCAUCCUGAAGGGGGUCAGCGUGUCCCGGAAGCAGGCCUUCAACUUCUGCAACACGAGCCACCUGAGCCGCGACCAGGAGGUCCGGGCGCUGUGCUGGGGGGACCCGGCGGAGAGCGAGCUGCUGGUCGGCUCGGUGGACGGAACCGUGAAGACCUUCAGCCUCGAGAAGGGCGCCUUCACCGAGACCCGGCGCUGCGGAGACCCGGCGGACGGCUGCUUCACCGGGCUGGCGGCGCUCGGCGGCUCCGCGCUGCUCACCUGCGGGGAGUGCGGGACGCUGCGGGUCUGGAGGGAGGACAGCGGCGAGCCCGUCACCGAGCUGGACGCGGGCAAGAACGUGUGCAGGAUGCGGCAGAGCCCGGUACACCCGCACAAAGUGGCGACCGGCGGCAAGGAGAACGGCCUGAAGAUCUGGGACCUGGAGAGACCCGAGAAGCCCGUGUUCACCGCCAAAAACCUGCGGGACGACUGGCUCGACCUACGGCGGCCGCAGUGGGUCAAAGACAUGGCUUUCAUCCCGGACUCCGACAAAGUGGUCACCUGCACAGGCUACCACCAGGUCCACGUGUUCGACCCGUCCUCCCCUCAGCGCCGUCCCGUCCUGGAGGCCGAGUUCGGCGAGUACCCGCUCACGGCCCUGUCCCUGCCCGCCGCCGGCAACGCGGUGGUGGUGGGGAACACCCACGGCCAGAUCGCCACGCUGGACCUGAGGAAAGGUUUGGUCCGCAGCUGUCUGAAGGGGCUGGCGGGGGGCGUGCGGUGGCUGCAGUGUCACCCCUCCCAGCCGGUGGUGGCGUCCUGCGGCCUGGACCGCUUCCUCCGCAUCCACAGCCUGGAGGACCGCAAGCUGCAGCACAGAGUCUACCUCAAGUCCAGACUCAACUGCCUCCUGCUGGCCAGCCGGGAUCUGGAGGACGGAGGGGCGGCGACGGACGGGGAGGGGGCGACCCAGGAGGUGAAGGAGGAGGAGGAGGAGGAGGACGAGGUGUGGGACGCCAUGGAGCAGGUGGAGGAGAAGCCCAAGAGGAAAACGACAGAGGAGGAGGAGGAAGAAGAACCGGAGAAGAAGAGCAAGAAGAAGAGAAAGAAAGGCCGAGACUGAGGGGCGUUUGAGGCCUGAUCAGGGCGUGGGACAUUUCAACACCGUCAGUCACGUCACCAGACUGAAACACAUGAAAGAUAAAAGCUUUGCCUUUUUUUUUUUUGGCUGACCAGAGACUGAACUCUGAUCCGUCUCUACAUUUAUUUUCACAUUGUUUUGUAAUAUUGUGUCCGAGGGCUUUAUUCAAACAGAAGUGCCUGCAGUUGUCUUAUGAGUAAAGAUCAUUUUAACGGCCACUACUACUUUUCUUCUUAAAACAUAAAUCAGGUCCCUGAACGUCAAGGUCAGAGCAUGGGAUUUCCUCUCCGUACCAAACGUCAGGGACUGAAGCGCUACGUCUGGGGCUGAUUUCCUGGCGAGGUGAGGGCGUGGACGACGGACACAAAGCGGCGACCUGUGUGGACGGUGGAAACAGAAGCGCCCUCCGCGUUGUCUACAGGUUUUGUCUGCUGAGACCACAAAGACUCACAGGGAGCAGUUGUCACGUGGUUUAAAAAUACCCCAGUCUUCCGGUUGAGUUUUGCCGCGUUCGCUUUGAUAAACUCGUUCAGUCGAAUUCUGCACGUGGUCAGAUUCACGGCAGAUUCUCGCCAACGGUGUCAGUCGACUGGUCAAAUGUAGGAAGUCCAUUUCCAGCCCGUAGAUAAACAUUGGACCAGAGCUGCGGAGAAUUCCUGAUUCCGAUGAACCUUUGGGACCUGGACAGUUUAACCAGGCAACUGAGAUCUAAGUGAAAGUGCAGGCGGAAGGAGUUACCACAGGUCAGAAUCCUCCAUUACAAGUGAAAGUUCUGCGUUCAGACGUUUAUCUGAGUAAAAGUGCAGAAGUAUUAUCGGCAAAAUGGUCUUAAGGCAUCAAGAGUAAGAGCCAGGUCCUGAAAGAUGAGAUUUUUUUGUUGAUGAAUCAGGCGUUUUCCUGGUUUCACCCGAUUGGACUCCCUCAGGACGGUGUGGGCGGGCUCAGACUUGAUUGACAUCUCUCGCUCACCUGGGGCGCCUGUCUUUCUUUUCAUGUUGAUGUUGCCUCUUUAAACACACCCAGUGUCGUCAUUUGCUCCCUAUUCAGUGUCAGUAUCAUUCUACCAGUUAUUUUAAUGUAAUAAACGACGCCUCACUCAAAGGUUCAGCUUUCAUUGAUCUCAUGAAUAUUUUAAGGACUUGUCGGCUACGGUUACAGCUGUCACUUCAGUGUUGGACACACACUUUAUACUGACGUGUUGUUAGUGUGACCCAGCGCUGCGGUCCUUCAGCCUGGUCACUCAACCUAAAGUACAGAUCCCAAUGACCUCUCUUGGUUUGAACAAACGGAAUCCAUGAGUGAUUCAAAACUAGGUUCAGACUUAAUAAAAUGCUGCCGAAGAGGGGAACAAGGUUUUGAGGGUUAU